AUGGAAACUGGUUGGAAACUUUCUAUAUCGCGAACAAUGGAAGAAGGAAUAUUUGAAGAUGCAGUGCGCUUGAGCUUAACAAAAUUAAAAGUGAAUCAAAUAUUAUUUCCGAAUGAUAAUAUAAUUAAUACGCGAAUCCAAUCUCCGACAACAACACAAACUGAACCAGUUAAUUCUAUAAAAACGUCGUCUAUGAAAUCGGUGCAAACCACGCCGACUCGAACAACACAAAUAUCGUCAACGAAUAACUUAAAUAAUAUUUCGAAUCAAGCUGCACAAUCGUCAAUUAAUAAACUGCCAGUUACACCUCGCUCCGUUCUAUUAAGCCCUUCUAUUAAAUCAUCUAUAGUGCGUAAGAAUUUGAAAAGUAGGUACAGAACACCGCGAUAUAAUUCUAUAGAUAGCGGAGUUGGAUCAAGGGGGGUUAUGAAAACAUCAGAUACUGCACAAAACGCAAAUAUUUCUCGACUGCUCUUGAACUCUCAACACAAGUUUUCUCCGAAAAUUUCUAGUCCUUUGAGACAUGAAAUUUUGUUAGAUUUAUCUUCUGAAUCAUCUAAGGAUGACAGUUGUCAGUCCAUUUCUAGUGCAACAAGUCCCUGGAGGAAUAUUAAUAUGUGUGAAACUCUUAUAAAUUCUUCAAAUAAGGGCAAAUCAAGAGAAAUAAUUGAAGGACAAGAUAUAAACCUCCCAUUUGGUAAAGACGAGAAUGCUUCCACUAUACUUAGUGUAGGUCAUACAGAGUGUACGGCGUCUGAUCAAAAUGAAUGGCCAGCAAAAAAGCGUGAAAGACAACAUACAAGAAUUUAUAAACCAUCGUCACCUAUUCGAUAUUCCAAACGGCUUGCAAAAAAAGUCAAGAAAAAUCCGAACCCUUACUAUAAAUAUUAA